CGCAAUUGAUUCAUCGCACUGUUUCCCUUUCCCUAUAGAACAACCACUACAGUCUAGAAGAUUAUCCAGAUAAAUGAUAGAAAGUGAUUUUUCAGAGAUAAUUCAGUUCAUCAAACUAGCCAAGCGCGUUGAACGGAUGUCGAGAUUAGGUUCAAACACAGCAUCGAAAGCAUUAUAUUUUCUAUUAGACACAGCAGCAAAAGCAGCUACUUGGGAUUAUGGAAUUUGUUUUUCGAAUCGGAAUCUAUUGUAGCUACAUGUUCUUGCUUUUUGACCUAGUGAAGGUAAACAACAAGCCUCUCCAGCACUCGUAUCCGAGGAGUACAAACCAUUAUCAAAAACUAGCAUGGUAAGGUGAUUAUUUAGUUAAAAUUUAUGAACUGUUGAUGAUUUCUUUGUCUCGUGCACGUGUUUCAAAUAGUGGACCAGAGAAACCCUUCUCUGUGGCACAUAAUGAAGAUGAGACUUCACUGCAUAAUUACCAUUAUCCCAAUAUAAUGGAAAACGAUGAAGAAAAUGAAGUUAUCUCAGUACGCCUACUCAACAGUCACUUGAAACCGAUCUCGGCAGAUAAUAAACACGAUUCAUACGAGCAUGUACCAGAGUUCUCAGCUGAAAAAGUUGUCAGCAAAACUGAUAUUAAAAAUACACUAAGUAACACCAUCGAAACGACAACCGUUAGUUUUCAAAUGCUAACCACAAUGCCACAAAAACCAGAGGACUACUCCUUAGAAAAAGAUUGGAUUCAAUCUAGAAUCGAAAUACCCAUAUCAUCGGAAGAAAUGGAAAUAGCAACCACGACAACAAUACCCAAACCUCAAACAAGCAGUAUUACAACUCAUAUCCCACCGUUCACGACAUCAGUGCUGCCUCCAACAACUCCCAAAGCUCCCUUGGUUUUCGGAAAUCGUAGGCGAAAAGCAAGAAAUUACAACUACUAUGACGAGCUUCCAGAAGUAGAUCUGGACCAUAUAGAUCCAGAUGAAUUGGAAGAAUCCGCUAUGAAUGGAAAACGAUUAAAAGACCUGAUUGCUCAGGGAUUCAAACGCAACAACGUGGAAGAUUCAAGUCGUUCUAAAAACCGACGCGCAAAAACGCGUCCAACAUCCACGACUACUACCAUUUGUCCAUGCGCUAAAAGACGCAAACAUCCACCUCCGACCAAUGACUAUUAUGCCUUCGAUGACGAUAACGACUAUAAUGACCACUCGGAAAGCAUACCUCAACGUCCACCGGUGAAAAAACGUCUCAUCAAUCAGCAAAACCGUUUACCAUCUGACGACGACGACGAAGAUUACCUGGAUGAUCUGAAUGCGAGCCUAGAGCGGGCCGAACGCGUUCAGGGUGCACUGGAGCGUAUCAUGGGAAUAGUGACGAUUAUGUCCCACGUCGACAGUUUUAUCCACAAGAAAACCAAACAGUCGAUAAGGCGGCUGGCCAAGCUGUACGAAAGUGUGGAAGAGUGAUUCUAGAGUGAAUGCGUUUCCCUAACGCCCGAUAUUUCUAACGGGACCAAUUCCCUGUACAUGUACAAAUAUGAAUUUCUAGGUUAGCCGAGAAUUUGUUAUGAAUCUGAUUGAAACUUGAUUUUCAUGGUUGUCGCGAAUUUGUUGCGGUUUUGCCAGUGGGAACAAUCGCGGAUUUACAAUUUCCUCUUGCAAUAAUCGCGAUUUACGAAUUUUCCU